AAAAACCAAAAAAAAAAAAAAGUGUUCAUGACCUCAGAUCCAACCCACGUUCCCCCUGUUGGGAUCCCCCAUUAAGAGAAAAGAAUUGGAAGGCCUUUGGUGGUGUGUCUGAAACCCCAACACUUAGAAGAGGCAGGAAAAUCACAAUGCACAGCCAACCUGGGCUACAUAGCAAGACCCUGUCUGUGAUUAAAAUAAUAAUCUCAAACAAAGGCUUGUCUAAAAAAUGUUUAUCUUCGAGCUAGAUGGAGGAAAAAAAUUUAAAUAGGGCUGAUGAGAUGGCUGGGCAGGUUAAGGAGCUUGCCACCAAGCCAGAUGACCUGUGUUCAGCCCCCAGCCCCUGCUUGGCAGAAGGGAAGAACCAACUCCCACAGAUUGUCCUAACCCUCCACAUGCAUGCCUCGACAUGACAUACCCAAAAAACAACAUUUUUAAGAAAAGUUUUUAAAUAAAUCAUGUAGUGUAUCUAUAACUCAUGCAGUGAUCAAAACUGCUUACAAAAAUCUCUAACAACAAGAAAAGAUGAUUGUGGGGGAGAAACGGGUUGUAUUUAUGUAUGUAGCCACAUAACAUCCCAACUUUCUAUGUCUUGUGUGUAUAAAAAUAUUUAAGGCCAAUCCCUUUAUAAAAUUUCAGCUGCAUUAUAUAGUAUUGACCGUUGUAACCAUGCUGUACUUAGAAGAACUGGAAUCUGUACCCUUUCACUAGUAUGUGCCCUUUUCGCGAUACUUUGGCAACCACCAUCCCAUCAUGCUUCCAUGAGUUUCACACUUUUAGAUUCUACACACAACGGGCACCAUGUAGUGUUUGUCUUUCUGCACCUGAUUCACUUCACUUGAUGAGAUAGCACAUUAAUGCCGCAAGGCCCAGGACUUCCUUUUUCUUUUUUCCAGAGGCUGAUCAGUACUGUAUUUUCUAUCCAUUUUCAGAUGUUGCUUUUUUUUUUCUGGGCAGGCAUAGACAAAUGCUUGUUCACCCUAGCUAGGGCACAUACCAGGGAAGCAGUUCUACCCGAGUCUACCUUAGUGGAUCAGUGGGUUUAUUGGGUUUACUUUCAGGAGCAUGGGUAUACAAGUCCGUCAUAGAAAAGCCCGUCAUCAUGGGUGUCCCCCGAGCUCUCUCCAUAGCUCCACACUGCUCACCCUGCUGGAGACAUUAAGGUGCUUAUGUGGGGAGCGGCCUUGUGAAUCUCAAUAGCUUCAUGAGCCUGGAAGUUUCUUGUGUUUCCAAUUUCACCACAGAGAAGAACUCAACAGGCAGGAAGUACCCACACAACAGUCACUCGUGCCUUCUCUUUCACAAAGUUGCCUGAGCCUAGGAGCCGACGCUAUAGAUGUGCGAUUUCCUUUUUCUUCCCAGUUACAGUUGACCAUUGGCCCUUUGUGCCUUGGCAACAGUCACUUCUCUGCAGGAAUCACAGGCUGACCCGGAAGAGCCCCUCUGCUGGCUAGCUCGGUUUCUCCGUCCCGGUCAACCAAAGGACGUUGUGUCUUCAGUUGACUGCAUGCCCUCAACAACAGUGGCAAAUGGCCUUCAUGGUUUGUGAAGCCUCCCCCCCGCCCACAACUCAACGGGAGACGAACCAUCCUGGAUACUGGGAUUUUACGUUCAGUAACCUUAUGGCUCCUGGGAGUGCCAUUAUCAUCUCCUUAACUGCGAUUUUUACGGUCCUUCAAGCUGAUCUCUUGAAGUCUUUACAUUAAAUACUCAAAGGUUAAUAUUAUGUAAUGAAAUCUUUUUUACAGAAGGAGGCAGGAUCUCCAUCUGGGGGCCUGCCAUCACCCGUUACAAGUUUGAUGGCUAAGGGGUUACUUUUAAAAAUCAGUCUAAUAGUGCAUGAAUUAUCCCAUCACUUGUGUCAGUUGUCAGAGGAGCAAAGUUGGGUACGUGGAUGGGGACUUUGUUCACCCAGCCCCUCAUGUCAUUUGCCUUGAGCCUCAUCCUGUGGUGGCACUACUGUCACCAUGGAACCACUGCACAGUUCCCACCUCUGCCAGUCUCUGUGCUUUUUUGUUUUGUUUUCCAGACAGAGUUUCUCUGUAUAGCCUUGUCUGCCCUGGAAGUUGCUCUGUAGACCAUACUCGAAGACAUCCACCUCUCUCUGCCUCCUGAAUGCUGGGAUUAAAGGUGUGUGCCACCGAUGCCUGAUCUCUCUGUGCUUUUGACCCAGCUCAGGACCAACAGAGAGCAAAGCUGAGCUUUAGCCUGCCGUGCCUGCCGUGGAGCCAGGUCCCUGGUUCUGAUGGGCUCUAGGCCAAUACCGUGACCUUUGUCUUUCCAUCAGCCAAACCCAAGCUGGAUCAACAGUCAUCACGCUCUUACUUUCUCCGCACCGGAGAAACACAUCCUGCAUUCUCUGGGGACAGGACUGCCCAUCCUCGCGAUUGUGGCACAAUUAGAAUCUGGGUUUAUCUAAAGGCUAUCAAUGGAUACAAGUGGAGGGAAAGAAAGACUAAAAUGGACAACCACCAUUAUCAUCAGCUCAUCUCUCAAGAGUUCUGAGAUUGCAACUGCCCUAGAAAGUCGAAGGCACAAGGUCCGGUACUCAGACACGCUGGAAAGAGGAUCGGUUGUCUUCUCUCUCUCCGGAGUUGCAUUUUUAUUGAUGGAUGCUAAAGAAUGUGUGAUAUCAGCUGAGGAAAUAUUUCUAACCAAAAUUGAGAAGUUUAUUAACAUUCACCAGAAUAGCUUUUUGGUUCUAUUUGCUCCACUCCAUGGGCCUGAAGAAUGGGCUCUCAUGUUCAGGAUUCAUCAGAGAUUCUUGGGCAGUAGCUUACGAAUACUGCCUGUCCACAACACAGUAAACGCUGUUGACCUUAUGUGCACUAUAGCUAAGACAACCUCCAAGCCAACCAUAGAUAGCAUCUGCUAUAGAAUGAUAACAACUAAAGCUUACAUCAUAGAGCACAGUCCUGUUUGGAGAACACUUCAAAAGAUAAAACUGAGUACUGAUUCAGUUAGUGCAAAUUCAGAGUAUUGAUCAUAAGUGUUAUUCUAGAAAAAUACCAGAACAAUCAAACUUACUAAAUUAUAAUGUCCAAAUGUCUAUUUAUGUAUACAAUUAAACAUGAUUUUCUUUUGAGAGUUUGGUUAAGUGAUCUGGAGUGUAAAUACAUGGGACAGUGCUACCCUGGCAUACACAUACCCUUGUUAUAAAAACCAUGGAAAAACAAGGAAAAAUAAUUGGUACAUACAAUAAAAGUCAUAGUUGCUUAAUGACACCCAAGUUGGAUGCACAACUCUAGUAAGAAACGGAAGUACAGCAUUUACUAGUUGGACUAAAGCCAUGUACGUUUUGGGGUUUUCUAAAAACAAUGUCUGCAGGCACUUUCAUAUAUAGCUGCUAGACGGCAUCUCAAGGUUCUUGAGACGGGUUUCAUGUGGUUUUUAACUAUCCUCCUCCACCUCCCAGUGCACUCCAGACACUCGACACUCUGUAAGACUGCUUCCAAGGCAUGGGAAGGGAGGAAAGUUAAGAAACCAAUCAAGCCGGGCGUUGGUAGCACACGCCUUUAAUCCCAGCACUCAGGAGGCAGAGGCAGGCAGAUCUCUGUGAGU